AUGAACCUAAAGGAUGUAGCAUUAUUACGUAUAGUUCGAUUGUGGCAAGGGAUUUCGCGCUUUUAUCGCGAUGUACAAUUUGACUCUGGUAGAGCUACGACCAAGAAGACAGCCGAGGAUGCGAAGAAGAGAUCAGCCGAGCCACCUGCAUCGACGACUCCUGCACCAGCAGCAGCUCCCGUAAAGCCCAAGCCGAAGGCCAGGCCCAAGACUACGCAGGCAGUAAAUGAAAAGCCGACCACGGAAAAGCCGGGGGUGGCAAAGAAGCCUGCACAAAGUAAGAAUUCACGAGGCAAAAGGGGGUCGGAUAAGACUGAACAGGAAGGCAAGGAAUCAUCUGUAUCAACCCAAAACGCUUCACAGAAGCGAGUAAGACGGGAUGCGACGACAACUGAGGCACAAGCCGAACCUCGCUGGGCUGAAAAAAGCAAGAAUGACGAUAAAGGCAACGACUGCAAGGAGGAAAGGGACGAUAAGGUCCAUAAGGGGGUCCAAGGCAAGCCAAACGCCACCGGCGGGGCAAUGGCUGGAUUUCCGCAUACCAAAGAUGGCCUCCCCAAGGCUGUCGUAUUUAAGUUAAGCGAGGUCUUCGGGAAGGAUAAUGAAAGGGAUAUUGCAGAGAACAAGGUCGCAGAUGUGAAAAAGGUCAAUCCGGCAGCGCCAAUUGCAGAGUCCCUCCAAAAGCCCAUCACCAAGACGUUGGCCUCCAAGAAGCCCAACGAGGAAAUCGGCAAUCCCGGAUGA